AUGUCUUAUGUUGAACAAAUUGAUACUUUUGUAUCCAGAUUAAUAACCAUACAGCAGGAACAAAAAUUCGAGUCAGCGCAGGAUACUACUGAUAACAAAAACGAAAAUUUGUCCAAAGAGUUAUUAAUUUUAACAGAAUUGUGCGAUGUGGUUGAAGUAUUCAAUUCUUCAAUUCAAGAUAAUCCUUAUUAUUUGGAAAAAACCAUUCCAAUUUUACUUGAAAUUUUACAAACAACUCCAAUUUCAUUCAAAUCAAAUAGUAUAGAACAUAAGAUAAGAAACGUUGUUUUAGAAACAAUUAGCAGAUCUACUUUGAAUGACCAAUUUGAAAAACAUUCAUUAUUAGUACUGAAAGUACUACUUGAAGUCCUAAAACAAGACAAUGAAGAAAAUGCAGUUAUUGCUAUCAAGAUAACUACGGGAUUAUUCAAGACUUAUAGAACCAUUUUGGUUAAUGAGGUAGACUCUUUUGUUGCUAUUAUUCUACAAAUGUAUGAUAAUAUAUCUGAAUUAGUAGAAAGCGCGUUUCCCAACAGUAAUGCCAACACCAUCGAUAACACUAAUAAUAGUUAUAUAGGAAAUGAAAGCAACAAUAAUAACAAUGGCAACUUAUUGGACCCUGCGACCAACAGUACCACUAGUUCAGACUCGAUGAACGAGGAUUUAAUGCUAAAUUCCUCUGAUACUAAUAUGUCAAAUACAACAAACUACCAUCAGGCUAUGAAGUCCUUCAAAGUUUUAAUUGAGUGUCCAUUGUGCAUGGUCACUUUAUUUUCCUCAUACAAACAGUUAGUUCAAACUGCUUUUCCAUCAUUUAUCCCAUUAAUUAUCAAAUUGUUAAUGCUACAAGCUGAACCGCAAAAAUUGGCACGGGAAGAGGCUUUAAAAAGUGGCAGACGUUGUUGGACCAGUGUGUCCCCUGAAAUUAAAAAUAGGAGUGAGUAUUGCAAUUUUACACUAGCUCAAGUUAAAGCGACUUCUUUUUUGGCAUAUGUUUUUAUCAGGGGGCAUGUUGCCGAGUAUCUACAAAAUUAUGUGAAAAUAGUUCCCGAGUUAGUGAUGAGGCUAUUACAGGAUUUACCCUGUGAAAUGUCGCAUGCAAGAAAGGAGUUAUUACAUGCAACGAGACAUAUUCUAUCCACAAAUUACAAGAAGCUUUUUUUGCCUCAAUUAGAUUUAUUAUUUGACGAGAAAGUAUUGCUAAGUGAUGGUUUUACUGUUCAUGAAACUUUACGUACUCUAGCUUACAGUAUGCUUGCUGAUUUUAUCCAUAAUGUUAGAAACGAAUUGACAUUGGAUUAUAUAGAAAAAACAAUCAGACGUUACUCUAAGCACAUGAAGGAUGAUACUUUGGCUUUAACUGUGCAAGUUAUGAGUGCUAAAUUAUUAUUAAAUCUAAUGGAAAGAAUAAUCAAGUUGGGCAAAGACAAUCCGAAUGAUGCUGUCAGGGCUAGGAAAUUGUUGAUGCUAAUAAUUGAAAGCUAUACCGAGAGAUUGAGGUGGUCUAAUAAACAGUACGAUCAUAUAAUGCAUUACCAUGAACAAUAUGAAAAAAACAAAAAUGAACGAGUUAAGGGGGUUCAAGAUAAAAUUAAUUCAAGAAAUAGAGAAACCGAGGAAUUUGUUUCUAAAAUUUUGAAAACCGACGAGUUUAUUACACCUAUUGGCAAUGAUGUGGACCAAAAUGGAGACACUAUCAUGAAAAAUGACACGUUUACCAAGUAUAUCGACGACUAUGACAUUAGUAAUUAUUCGCCCAUAUCUAUUGCACCUGCUCCCACCAGCGAUCCGUUAAAGGAUAUUUCUUAUUUAUAUAAAACGAUUUUGUCCUUUUUGAAAACGAUUAUUCAUGAUAUUAAAAUUUUCAAUCCGCCAUCCAACGACUUUACCAAUGCAAACCCGAAAGUAUGGUAUUCUAUGUCAAGGGUAUUUUCCUAUGAGGAGGUUUUAGUUUUCAAAACAUUAUUCCAUGAAGGUAUCAGCGGCAUGCACUUUUUCUGUAAUAGUGUAUCUCAACCAGCUGUUGUUGAUGGUAAAAAAAAAUAUUUUGACAUAACUUCACCAAAUAUGCCUGUUUCAGCAAGCAGAGAAGCGAGGGAUAUUAUGGAUUAUUUUGCCGUUAUAUUUAUGCAAAUUGAUACACCAACUUUUAAUGAAAUUGUUAGGUCUGAAAUCGAGUUCAUGUAUGAUUCUAUGGUUAAAGAUUCCGCUUUACUUCAUAUUGCACAGUCAUUUUUAACCAGUGAGGUUACUUCCCCGAAUUUUACCAGUAUCUUGCUAAAUUUUUUAAACAAGAAAUUGGAAGGUUUGGGCAAUGCUGAUGUUAAUACUGCCAAUAUUUUAAUUAGACUAUACAAGCUUUCUUUUAUGUCAGUUAACCUAUAUCCUGUUACCAAUGAGGUUGUAUUAUUACCACAUCUAAACAAUUUGAUUUUAGAUUCACUUAAAUACAGUACCAAGGUACACGAACCACUGGUUUAUUUUUACUUAAUUCGCACACUAUUUCGUAGCAUUGGUGGCGGGAAAUUUGAAAAUUUGUACAGAUUUAUAAAACCGAUAUUGCAGGUUUUGCUUCAAUCUUUAAAUAGAAUGAUUUUAAUGGCUCGCAGACCACAUGAAAGAGACUUGUAUGUUGAAUUAUGCUUAACUGUUCCUGUUAGACUAAGUGUUUUAGCUCCAUAUUUGAAUUAUCUAAUGGUUCCGUUGGUUUAUGCAUUACAAGGGUUCCCCGACUUAAUAUCACAAGGGUUGAGGACUUUGGAAUUGUGUAUAGACAACUUGACUGCUGAAUAUUUUGAUCCGAUUAUCGAACCAGUCUAUGAAAAAGUCAUCAUUGCUUUAUUUAAACUAUUGAAACCGUACCCUUAUAAUCAUCAAAUAAGCCAUACAACGGUUAGGGUUUUGGGUAAGCUAGGCGGUCGUAAUAGAAAGUUUUUAAAACCUCCAUCAGAUUUAAAGACACAAGAAGCGCUUGAUAUCGGAGUAAAUGCACUGUUUGAAAUAUACGGCAUUAAUGGCGAAGUCCCUGUAUCAGUUACUCCCGGUGUUAAAUUUGCUUUAGACAUUUUAUAUGACUAUAGAAUUGAUGUUCACUAUAGAGUGCAGUCUUUUAAAUAUUUGUCUUCUAUAUUGAAGUUGUUUUUAGCAAAGAAUAGCGAAAUCAACUUUGAUAGUUACGCAGUGCUGGUACAAAGAGCUGUUGGUUGUUUGUCACAACAAAAGCUUCAUUUGGAUGUAGAAUUUUGUGAUAAAGUUAUUAAAUAUCCGUCUAAAUUAGCUAACGAACAAUCCCUAUUUUUAACUCUUUUAGAAAGUUUGUUUUUCGCCGCUUCAGUAAAAGAAUGUAGAGAAGAGUCCACUAUCUUGUUGAAGAGCAUUAUCGAUCACAUUUGCUUAAUUCAAGUGAAUAAUGAACUAAAUAACAAAAUUUGUCAACCGGAUUUAUUUAAUAUUGAAAUGAAACAGCCUGAUGUUUAUAUUAGCACUGAUGUUUUAGUAGAAGCUUUGUCUUCAGCCUUGGGCUCAUAUCUAGAAGACACAAGAACUUUGGCCGUUGAAAUGUUGAAACAUGUUAAACUUGUGAGCAAAAAAAUAUAUGGUGACAGCUUGAUGUAUAAAUACUCUUUUAUUCCCAAAUUAAUGGAGAAGUUUAUUCAUGAUUGUUAUGGCGAUAUAUAUUUCACUAAAAGCAGUGGUGUGCUAGGUAUCAAAGUUUUCCUUGAAGAGUUGGAUUUUUCUGUUGAUUUUUGGAAAAAUUAUCAACUUCCAUUAAUUAACGGAUUAUUGUUUGUAGUCAAAGAUACCCCCGUCGAAGCGCCUUCCAGCAUUUGUGAAACGUCAGAUUUGUUAAUUUGUUCUAUUUUGAAGAAGACAUGUGCUGAUUUGAAAGUAGAUGACUUAAUGGGGAAACCAAUUCACGAUUCUUUAACCGAAAUUGUGUGUGAAUUGAGUUGUCCUCAUGCCAAAGUAAGAGAAACAAGCAAAAAAGCAUUGGAAACCGUAUCCAAUGUGACAAACAUUCCAAUUGCCAAUUUAAUGGAAGUUUCAAAAAAUUUUUUGCUAUCCCCGAUUUUUGCCAAGCCUCUAAGAGCCCUACCUUUUUCUAUGCAGAUCGGUAAUGUUGAUGCUAUAACUUUUUGCUUAAGUUUGCCAAAUUCCUUUUUAGAGUUCAACGAGGAGCUUUAUAGAUUGUUGCAUGAAACUAUAGCUCUAGUUGAUGCUGAUGAUGAGUCUUUAGCCAGCUUACACCGUGUCCAUGAGUAUAAGACCUCGCAACAGUUGGUGGAACUAAGAGUUGUCUGUAUCAAAUUACUGUCUCUAGCUUUGAAAAAUGAGAGUUUUGCAACCUCGCAACAAGGUGCUACCAGAUUUCGUAUUUUGGCUGUUUUUUUCAAAGCCAUGCUGAAACCAUCUAACGAAAUCAUCGAUGCUACCUAUGAAGGUUUGAAGUUGGUGCUAAGUGAUAAUUUUAAAUUGCCCAAGGAAUUGUUACAAAAUGGUUUAAAACCAAUGUUAAUGAACUUGUCAUAUCACGAAAAAUUAACAGUUCAUGGUAUGCGCGCAUUAUCCCGUGUUUUGGAGUUGCUAAUCGCUCAUUUCAAAGUUGAGAUAGGCCGCAAACUCUUGGAUCAUUUGGAUUCAUGGUGUAGCUUGAAUGUUUUGGAUAAUUUAUUUGGAAAAGAUAUAUAUGACCAACCGCAGACAAAUGUCAUCUAUAGUAUUGUAGAUAUAUUUUAUUUGUUACCAGCGCAAGCUGACAUGUUUCUAGGAGAUUUGUUAUUAAAAGUGAUGGUGCUAGAAAAGAGAUUGAGAUUACAACUAGACUCUCCGUUCCGUGUUCCUUUGGCCAAAUACUUGAACAGAUUCCACAAGAGUGUCAUUUUGUAUUUUUCCAAGAAUUUAAACUCUAGGCCGCUAGUUAUGCUAUUGUGUUCCAUAAUCAGAUUAGAAGAAUCCAAAACUUUGCUAGCUGAUUUUGAAGAACAACUUGAAACAUUUAUUAAAUUUUACAUUACUGGAAUUUCUUCCAACCCGAGCAGAUGCGUUAGUUUUUUUUCAAAUGUUAUUGAUAUAUUUUUAACUCUAAGUGAAAUAAAGGGCGACGAAUGGUUUUUACGCCAUACAGACCUAUUAAUUAAAAUCAGACAAAUCUUUAUUUUGGUUGUGAAAACAAUCAACACCAACAACAUUUAUAUUGACCAUUUGCAAUUGAAUCAGGCCAUUGAAAAGUUUCAAAUGUUCUUUUUACGUCACAUGGAAUUGAACAACGAUCAUGUUGAUUUCUUCUUUGAAUUUAUUGAUUUUACUUUUAAAGUUAAUAUAAAAUUGAUUCCACCAAUAGAGAAAUUUAUUUACAAGAAUAUUGUUUCCACCGAUGACAAGCUUUUGAAAAUGAAAUAUAUAACAAAGGCCCUAAAUUAUGCUACUUACAAUAUGAAGGGGAAAUGCACUUUAUUUGUACUAAAAAAAAUUGUAAACAACGGUUUGAUAUAUGACGGAUUUAUAUAUGGUAACUUAGAUAAUUUGAUUCCCGCAACCGACUCCCUAGAUGUUAAUUGGUUAAUGUGCAUUACCGAUAGAAUCUGGAGAAACACCAAUUUGUACUCGAACAACAAAGUACCUGGUGAACUGGAUUUUUUACGAUUUGAAUUAUUGCAACUUUCUGCCUGUGUUAUAAAAUGGCAUCCAAAGAUUACGGUCGAACUAAAAAAGGAUAUAGUCAAGUUUGGCUGGAGUUAUAUCAAGCUAUCCGAUCCAUUAACGAAGCAGGCUGCUUAUAUGCUAAUUUCAUAUUUCAUCUCUGGUUUUAAUGUCCCAACAAAAAUUAUUACUCAAAUAUUUGUUGCCUUGCUAAGAAACCAACAAGUUGAAACUCGGUACAUGGUUAGAGAAUCAUUAGAUUUGUUAGCUCCAGUAAUGUAUAAUAGAAUGUUUGACAUGGAGAAUUCAAGGAUUUGGGUCAAAUGGGUUAGACGUGUCUUGUCUGAAAACAAUCAUAAUCAAAAUACUACCAUUUACCACUUUUUAACACGUCAUGUUAGCGAAUUUUUCCCUGAUCGGGACCAUUUUGUUCCUAAUAUCAUUAGUUAUUUAGGGAAAUUGGUUUUUCUGACUAGCCCAACAGUUGAAAGCCAGGUGAUGGCUAUCGAUCAGGCCGAAUUAAUUUUGAAAUGGGAAAAACUAAGUAAGAAGGAGAACAAUAGGACACCUCUUAAAAUUUUAGAAAAUGAAGAAAAUGAAGAAAAUAAAGGAAAUAAGGGAGAAUUUGACCCAAACCAGUCAACUGAGAAAGUGGAGGAAGGUACGGGGGCCAUUGAGGCGCCAGAAACUUUAGACAGAAAAGUUGAAGAAACUCCACUUGGUAGUACGACCCUAACUACAUAUCAAGUUCCAUUACCACAACGCGAAGCAUGUAUUACCUUUUUAAUUCGUUAUUUAUGUGCUAGUUCCCAUAGGGUCUCUGAAGUGGAGUUAGGUAUUCGUGCUUUAAAUAUUAUGUCAGAGCUAAUAUCUGCGGAUUUUUGGCCCGAAGUUAAUGUCAAACUGGAAUUUUUUGAAAAAUUCUUAAUUUCAGACGAUCUAUCUUCUCCAAACAUUUUAUGCUAUUGUUUGAACGCUUUGACAGUUUUAGCUGUUGUUUUGGAUAAGAAGGCUCCACAAUUAGUGGUCGAUGAUUUGCCAAGAAUUUUGAGCUUAUUAGAUAAAUGCCUCCAUUCUGAACACCAGGAUAUCCAAAUUGCCUUGCAGAAAGUUUUGCGAAUUAUCUUGAGAGCAAUCAAAACUUGUAAUGUUCCCAUUGAUACUGAACAAGAUUCACCUGCGAAAAAUUUUAUUACUGCUUUGACUGCAACAAUAUCGGAUGAUCUACGUGGUUCUUCAUCUGUUGCAGCUGGUAUCAUGCUAUCUUGGAGUUUAUUUAUGUAUUUUGAUGCAAAAGUUGAUUCUUUGCUACCGUUGUUGAUGAAAACGUUUAGCAAAUUGUGUUCCGAUCAUUUGGCAACUUCUCAGCCCAAAGAUGCCACUACAAUUGAAGAGGCAAGGAUUACUACGAAAUUUUUGGAAAAAGUUUUUUACAUAUUGUCUUCCAAGAUAGGACUAUUGGCUGAUAGUCGACGUCCCUUCUUAUCUCUGGUGGCAAUGUUGAUUGAUCGUUCUAUGGACCAAAAGUUUUUGAAACAAGUUAUUUAUGUUUGUAAAAAUUGGACUUUUAGUAAUGAGAUUUUUCCAACUGUGAAGGAAAAGGCAGCAAUUUUAACCAAGAUGCUUGCAUUUGAAAUUCGUGGGGAACCUAUUUUGUGUAAAGAUUUUUAUUCAAUUGUAUUGGAUUUGUUUCAGAACCCAAAUUAUGCCAAUACUGAGCUUACCGUUAGGAUGGAGCAGCCAUUUUUAGUUGGCACACGUAUUGCUGAUAUUGCCAUACGUAAAAAAUUAAUGUCAAUAUUGAAUAGUAGCUUGGAGCCUGACGUUCAUGAACGUUUGUAUUAUAUUGUUAGGGACCAAAAUUGGGAGUUUAUUAGCGAUUAUCCUUGGUUAAACCAAGCUUUACAAUUAUUGUACGGAGCAUUCAAUUCAGAAAAGAAAUUAAGAUUAGAAAGUGAAUAUUCUUUACCAGAGCUAAUGACGAUUGAAAAGUCGUUACCAAAUAAUGUAGCAGGAAACUCAACAACCGAACAUACUAAUACUGAAUUGUUCGACUUUAUUAAGGAACACGAAAAGUUUAUGUCUGGUGCUGCUACUGUUAAAGCAUCUGAUAUUUUAGAGCCGUUGGUUGAUAUCUUUUACCAGGCACCAGAGUCAAUUUACUCUGCUUGGGUUUCUUUAUUUCCUAUUGUUUACCGUACUGUUAGGAGGAACGAGAAGUUUGGAUUCGUUCGUUCCUUAGUAUCGUUAUUGUCCAAGGAUUAUCAUUUGCGGCAAAAAAACUCAUCUGUAAAUGUUUUGAAAGCUUUACUAGAUGGGUUGAGCAAAGUCGAGGCUUUAGAAUUACCUCCGCAUUUAGUGAAGUAUAUCUCGACAAGUCAUAAAACGUGGUACGAAGGCUUAAAUAUUUUAGAGUCGCUACAGGAAAACAACAGUAUUGACAAUAAUAAAAUUGCUGCAGCGAAUGAAGAUGCCUUGCUAGAAAUGUAUAUUUCUUUGCAAGAAACUGACAUGUUUUAUGGGUUAUGGAAAAGAAGGGCUAAAUUUGCAGAAACAAGCACUGCGUUAUCUUAUGAACAAAUCGGAUUAUGGGAUAAAGCACAACAAAUGUAUGAAGCUGCCCAGGUAAAAGCUCGAAGUGGUGCUUUGCCUUAUUCUAAGUCUGAGUAUGCUUUGUGGGAAGAUGACUGGAUUAUGUGUGCUGAGGAAUUGCAACAGUGGGACAUAUUAACUGAAUUAGCUAAGCAUGAGGGAUUUAUAGACUUAUUGUUGGAAUGUGGUUGGAGAGUUGCUGAUUGGCAUGCUGAUAGAGAAGCCUUGGAACAAUCAAUUAAGAGUGUUAUGGAUGUUCCUACGCCCAGGAGACAAGUUUUUGAAACAUUUUUAGCUCUGCAAAAAUUUGCAGAUACUAAGAAGGGGGAACAAGAAGUGAGAAAAUUAUGUGAUGAGGGUGUUCAACUAAGCCUACAUAAGUGGUGUUCGUUGCCUAAUAGAUACACUGAAGCGCACAAGGGGUUAUUACAUGGCUUUCAACAGUACGUUGAAUUUUUGGAGGCUAUUCAAAUUUACAACAAUUUAGCAUCAACAAAUGCGCAAAACUUGGAUGCCAAAACACCUGAAGUGAAAAGAAUAUUACAAUGUUGGCGUGAUCGUUUACCGAACAUAUGGGAUGAUGUUAAUAUAUGGAAUGAUUUAAUUACUUGGAGACAACAUGUUUUUCAAGGUAUAAACAAUACAUACUUGCCAUUAAUACCAGCUUUGCAACAGAAUAGCAAUAGAAAUGUUACCACUCAUGCUUAUAAGGGUUAUCAUGAGAUUGCGUGGGUGAUUAACAGGUUUGCACAUGUAGCAAGGAAACACCAUAUGCCAGAUGUCUGUAUCAGUCAAUUAGCAAGGAUUUACACGUUACCUAACAUUGAAAUUCAAGAAGCUUUUUUGAAAUUAAGAGAACAGGCUAAAUGCCAUUAUCAAAAUAUGAACGAGUUAACGACUGGGUUAGAUGUCAUUAGCAACACGAAUUUGGUUUAUUUUGGAACUGUGCAAAAAGCAGAGUUUUUCACUUUAAAGGGCAUGUUUUUAUCUAAAUUGCGUGCGUAUGACGAGGCAAAUCAAGCUUUUGCGACAGCUGUACAAAUUGAUUUGAACUUGGGGAAAGCUUGGGCUCAAUGGGGAUAUUUUAAUGAUCGUCGCUUAUCUGAAAACCCAGAAAAUAUUAGUUAUGCUAACAAUGCAUUGAGCUGUUAUUUGCAAGCUGCAGGUUUGUACAAAAGCUCUAAAACAAGGAAGCUACUUUGUAGGAUUUUGUGGUUAAUUGGCAUAGAUGAUAAAACCGGAUGUAUACUGGGUGCAUUUAACUCUUUUCGCGGAGAGGUUCCAGUGUGGUAUUGGAUUACUUUUAUCCCUCAAUUAUUAACAUCGUUGUCUCACAGAGAAGCGAAUAUGGUUCGACAAAUUUUAAUUAGGAUUGCUAAAAGCUAUCCACAAUCAUUACAUUUCCAAUUAAGAACAACAAAGGAAGAUUUUGCUGUUAUCCAGCGCCAAACAAUGGCUGCAGUUAAUAAUUCACAUACAACUGGCAGUAACAAUACUACUGGUAAUAGUAUGAAUCCGAGCAACACUUCUGAAGGUACUGGUAGUGGCAGCUUAGCCAAUAAGCAGCCAUGGGAGUACUUGGACGAGUUGAAUGGCAUUUUGAAAACAGCUUAUCCGUUGUUGGCUUUGUCUUUGGAAUCUUUAGUUGAUCAGAUCAACAAUAGAGUAAAAUCAAAAAGUGAUGAAGAGUUGUUUAGAAUGAUUAAUGUUUUGCUAUUGGAUGCCACGUUCAACUACAACAGGGUUCCAUAUCCACGCAAUAAUGUCAAGUUACCCGCAAACACCGAGGCCAACUUGGUACGUUUCUCGGAAAAUUUAUUACCACCUCAUAUUAGGGUUAAAUUUAAUGAAGAUUUUAUCGACAAUAAGCCUGGAUUUGAGGCUUAUAUUCAAAAGUUGCGUACCUGGCGUAACAGAUUAGAAAAUAAGUUAGAUCGGUUGCCACGGUUUGAGAAUAUUGAAAGAAUUUAUCCUCAUUUAAACAAUUUUCAUCAUCAAAAAUUUGAAGAUAUUGAAAUACCUGGCCAAUAUUUAUUGAAUAAGGAUAAUAAUGCACAUUUUAUUAAGAUUGCCAGAUUUAUGCCACAAGUUGAGUUUGUACGAAGCACUCACAGUAUUUACAGAAGAUUAACUAUUCGUGGGAACGACGGUAGUUUACAUGUUUUCGCUGUACAACAUCCAGCAGUUCGUCAUUCUAGAAGAGAGGAAAGGAUUUUCCAAUUAUUUAGAUUAUUUAAUGAAACAUUGUCUAAGAAUGUGGAAACCAAAAGAAGAAAUAUUUUGUUUACUUUACCGAUCACUGUUCCCUUAUCGCCACAAGUUCGUAUUAUUAAUGAUAGUUGUAGCUAUGUUACGUUACAUCAAAUUUAUGAUCAAUAUUGUCUUAAAACCGGACUAGAUCGUGAUGCCAUUCAGGAUUUUUUCACUAAACAGAUGAACAUUGCUUAUGAUAAGGAUCUACCACUACCGGACGUUACUGCAGUUAAAGUUGAAAUUUUCAGUGCUAUUCAGUCUACCUUUUUGCCCAAUACAGUGGUUAAAGAUUAUUUUAUUACUUUGUUUGAUGAUUUUGAAAGUUUCUGGUUGUUCCGUAAACAAUUUUCUGCACAAUAUGGUGCUUUCUGCUUUAUGUCGUAUAUGCUAUCAAUCAAUGCUCGUUACCCACACAAGAUUCAUAUUGACUCUAGAUCAGGUAAUUGUUUUACCUUAGAGAUGCUACCGGCACGUUAUCCAUAUGAAAGAGUUAAACAGUAUAAUAAGAAUUUUGAAUUUAACAUUCCACCGGAUGCACCAGUGUUUUAUAACAAUGAAGCAGUUCCCUUUAGACUAACACCUAAUAUUCAGAAAUUGAUUGGUGAUUCGGCAAUGGAAGGUAUAUUUUCCGUUGCUAUAUUUAUUAUAGCACGUGCUUUGAUGGAACCUGAAAAUGAAUUGAACACUUAUUUAUCACUAUUUAUUCGUGACGAAGUUGUUUCUUGGUAUAGUAAUUUGCAUCGUUCAAUUACUGAAGAUCCUAAAUUAUUGGAUAUUGUUAGUUCUAACAUUGAUUUGAUCAUAAGGAGAGUGGCUCAAUUGGGACAUUUAAGUUCUACUCCAUCGGUAGCGACUCAAUAUGUUUUGGAUGCAAUCAGCGCAGCUGUUACUCCAAGAAACUUGGCAAAUACAGACAUUAGUUUUAUGCCAUAUUUAUAG